AUGGGCGUUUGGCUUGAUUCGGGGAUGCGCAUGACUACACAUGUCCUUAAAAUCAGGGACAGGACGGUUGAUACCAUCAAACAGCUGACCAGAAUCACUCCCAAUAUUAGAGGCCCCAGUGACGGAAAGAGGAGAAUGCUUGCCUCGGUUGUGCAUUCGAUGAUCCUGUAUGCCUCGCUCAUUUGGAGCAGGGCAACAGACUAUAAAUACUAUGAAAAAGUCCUCGAGAAAAUUAACAGAAUGCUAGCCCUACGCGUAGUGUCGGCGUAUCGUACAGUUUCCACAGAAGCUGUUCUCGCUCUAGCCAAAAUCCCCCCAAUUAUCCUACAAAUCGAGGAAAGAAAUCUAAUAUACAGGCACGGCUCAGGGUAUCGAUCAGAGGCCAGAAAGAUAAUGCUGGACAAAUAG